UAAAUACAGCUGAUUAAUCGGCCGAACGUUCGUCAAGUCGGGUAGUAUAUUUUUGACAGCUGAUUCAGUGCGAUUUUUUAGUCCACGCAAUCGCCAAAAUAGACGUCUGCCAAUCACGUUCGGAGCACACGCGUCUAUUUUUCCUCGUUUUCACGAUCGUGCGUAAACUUCGUGCUCGGAUCGAUGCGGACGCGAACGUCGAUCGUGUUUACGUUACGCUGCGUUCCUGUCUCCCGCGCAAAAACCCAAGUGAAGUUUUCGCGGAGGUUAUAAAGGGAAGCACAGUUUCGUCGUCUCUUCCGGGACGCGGAUAACGUUUGUUAUCGUAUUCCGGAUGAGCGUGAGUGCGCGAUUAUGGCGAUAAUAAAGGUUACGUUCCCAUCGGACGGUCCGCCUGGGAAAAUAUUGAAGUGGCGAGUACGUUUAGACACAAUGGUCGCGGCGGGCAGAGUACUGUUGUUGUAUCAAAAUACAACGCCGGGCGUCGAGAACGAGGAUGCCAAGGAACCCGAGAGGAAGCUACGAGCCACAAAUUUCGGCCGCGUUAAGCAAAUCCUCGCCAAGGAGGGUGACAUCAUCCAACCUGGGGAAGAGAUAGCUCUAUUGGAAGGGUGUACACAUCCUACUGUGAUGAUAGACUUGUGUGCAGAAUGUGGAGCAGAUUUGAGGGUGCAUGAAACUGGGAAAGAUGGAAAUACAGCUGGAAUAUCGCAAGCCAGUGUGCCUAUGGUACACAGCAUACCAGAGCUGAAAGUAUGUCCUGAGUUAGCUGAGAAAAUUGGGAAAGAAGAUGAGCAGCGUCUUUUGAAGGAUCGAAAAUUAGUCCUACUUGUGGAUCUCGAUCAGACAAUAGUUCAUACCACAAAUGAUAAUAUUCCACCUAAUUUGAAAGAUGUUUUCCAUUUUCAAUUAUAUGGACCAAACUCCCCAUGGUAUCAUACCAGAUUAAGACCAAACACUCGACAUUUUCUCUCAGAGAUGAGUCGUUUGUACGAAUUACAUAUUUGCACCUUUGGAGCAAGGAUUUAUGCACAUACUGUUGCAUCAUUACUAGAUAAAGACGGGGUUCUAUUCUCUCACAGGAUACUUUCUAGAGAUGAAUGUUUUGAUCCAGCAUCAAAAACUGCAAAUCUCAAAGCUUUAUUUCCAUGUGGUGACGAUUUAGUAUGUAUCAUAGAUGAUAGGGAAGAUGUAUGGCAAGGAUGUGGAAAUCUGGUUCAGGUUAAACCUUAUCACUUUUUCCGUCACACCGGCGAUAUUAACGCACCACCGGGAUUGGAAAAAGGUGACACUUCGCAUCCAUCUGAUCCUACAAAUAUAAAUGAAUCAGAUGUAAAUGAGUUGCAAAAUAGGGACAACAAGAAUGGAGUGUCUGAAUCAUUAAGUGAAGUCGGACAGUUGUCAUCAGAUACUUCACCAGUAGAAAAAAUAAAUAAUGAAAAAAAUGAACAAGAUGAAAAAUUUGAAGAUAAAGAAACAAAGAACGGAAAUGCUAAAGUGAAUAUUGAAGAAAAUGCAGAUUCCAAUAUUCAGUCUAGUAUUGAAGAGGAUGAUAAGAUAAAUAAAGAAGCUGCAUUACCUACAGAAACAGAAAUGGAUAAUAAGCAAGAAGCAUCAAAACAGGAAAGUAAUAUAAUAGACGAAGAUGACGAUGAUUACCUAUUAUACUUGGAAGAUAUUCUUCGGAGAAUUCAUACUGAAUUUUACGCUACAUUAGAUCAAGGGAAUGGUCGAAAAUCUCUCCGAGAUAUAAUUCCGCGGGUACGUUCUCAAGUGCUGAAAGGAUUGUGUUUAACUUUCAGUGGUUUGAUACCCACUCAUCAAAAGCUUCACCAAAGCCGCGUAUAUAAAGUCGCGAGAGCAUUUGGGGCGGAAGUGACUCAGGAUUUGACGGAAAAAACCUCGCAUUUAGUUGCUAUUAGAAAGGGUACAGCUAAAGCGAACACAGCCAGAAAAGACGCAAAUAUAAAAAUUGUAAAUCCAGAAUGGUUGUGGACGUGCGCGGAACGCUGGGAACAUGUAGAUGAACGUCUAUUUCCUCUCACUUCACAGGCCCGCGGAUCCAGAGUACCACCGCCACAUUGCAGUAGCCCUGACCGUGUCGAAGACCUAGAAAGCGAUAAUGCAAAUUCCUUCGCUAAUUCUAUCAAUCCAUUAAUGUCAUUCACUCAGGAGGAAAUCGAGUUUAUGGAUAAGGAAGUAAAUGAGGACAUGGAAGAACAAGAUAUGGUUUUUGAAGAUGCGGAUGACGCGGAAGAAUUUGGAACGAAAAAACAUUAUCUAAGUUCUGACUCUGAGGAUUCUCUAAAUGGUGAAUCGCAAAUGUCAAGAAGAAAGAAGAGAAAGAUUUACAAUGGCAACUCUGAUAAAAGUUCUUCAGAAGAUAAAGAUGAAAUAUAUGACAGUGAUAAUGAUAAUGAUGAAGAUAAUAAUGAUGACGACGAUGAUGAUGUCGACGAUGAUGAUGACGACGACGACGAUGAUCCUGUUACAUUGUUUAGAAGAGGACAAGAUUUACCUGAUGAUUUAGAUUUUGGUGACAAUUCACAGGAUUCAAUAGAUGACCUGGAAGGAGAUAAUGAAGAUGAUCGAGAAUGGAAUGCAUUGGGUGCUGCACUUGAAAGAGAGUUUCUUUCUGAGUGAUAAGUUUGAAUAUUAGUAUUCUGAUUAUUGGAUGAUUCUCUUUCACUCAGGUUAUCUUGUGUUAUUUAUACAUUUCAAGUUCGAUAGUUGAAGCAGGGUUAUUGAUAAUAAUAAAUGUUAUGAUAAUAAUAAAUUAUUUGUGUACUCUGAUGUAAUCAGAGCAAGAUAUAAAAAUAUUAAAUAUUUGAAGAAAGUAAGUUAAAAUGACUAAUCUAUAUAUAAAACAAAAAUAUAAAAAAUGGAAAGAUUCUCUCUAUGUUGAAUAAUUCAUAUGUUUUAAACUUUCAAAUUAUACAUACAAAUCUAUACAAAUGUGCAUGGAAAUGUACAUGUGUACAAAUAAGUAUGUACAUGAUAUCAGUCUAUAUUACACAACAGGCAAGAAUCAAUUUCAGAGAUGAGAAUAAAUAAUUUUAUUCUUCGAAAAAGUGAUUUAUGUAAAUGACAACUGUCAUAGCAUUGUAAAUAAUGUAUUUGAACAUAUUUGUGAGAUAUUUCCUCAUGCAUAAAGAACAUGCAAUACAAUUUUAUUGUACCAAAAAAUAUUAGGGAAUAAAACUUAUUUUCUUUAAUAUUUUUAAAGAA